GUCUGUGUCCUCCCGCCCGCAGGUACUACAGUGCGACCAUCCUGCAGAUGUCGGGGGUUGAGGAUGACAGGCUGGCCAUCUGGCUGGCUGCCCUCACGGCCUUCAUCAACUUCAUCUUCACUCUGGUGGGAGUCUGGCUCGUUGAGAGGAUGGGCCGCCGGAAGCUGACACUGGGCAGCUUAGCUGGCACGGCUGUAGCACUCAUUAUCCUAGCUUCGGGAUUUUUGCUGUCAGCUCAGGUCUCGCCAAGAGUCACACUUAAUCCACCAGAUCCUUCACAUCAAAACUCUACCUGCACAAAAUACAGUUACUGUAAUGGAUGUAUGUUAGAUCCGGACUGUGGUCUCUGCUACAAACUGAAUAAAUCAAGUGUUGUUGAGUCCUCAUGCAUCCCUGUUGACAAACAUUCUACAAUGAAAGCCGCCUGGGGCAGGUAUGUCACUUUUCAAGAUUUUCUGGUCUUAUGCUGUACUGAUGGCACAUUUUGUGCUGCCAAGAACACUUUUUUAGAUAGAAUCUUACUCUAGGAUUUUCUGAAAGAA